AUGAAAACACAAGAUUCUUACCAAUUUGCAUCUUAUGAUACUACUUGGUCUAAUGAAGACGAACUUGAAUUAGAUGGAUCGUCAGAUAAAUCAGAUACAAACAUAUUAGAAAAUCUACAUAGUUCAGACGUUAAAUUACUAGAUGAGUCAACUUCAAUCUUACCUGAUCAAUCUGCAUUGAGUAAUAGUGGUGUUACUAUUACUAAUAGUUUAGCUUAUUGCAGAGUUGAAGUAGUAAAAAAAGAUGGUACAAAAAGUGCUUGUGACCAUCAUUAUGAAUUAACAACUGGAACUGGAAACCUAAAGUCACACCUUCAUCAAAUUCACCGAAUUUUGCCUCCCGAAGCAAAUAAUAAUAAUCAAUUAGCAGCAAGAAUAUGGAAUUCCACCUACAAUCUUCUAAAAAACCUUUCGUUUCUUCACAAUGCUAUCGAACAGCUAUCUAUUUACUUAAAACAAAGUGUUAAUAGACAAGAAAGGCAGGAUGGAAUAAAACUUUUGGAGCUUUUUUUAUCAUUAGAAGAAUGGAUAUCUUUAAAUGAAUUAGUAGAAUUGCUAUUUCCUUUUGCACAAGUGACUGGAUAUAUCAGAGAAAACCAAUAUCCAACUUUAGGAAUAAUGAUACCUACUCUUAUUAAGCUUUUUCAUCAUUUACGGGAUUUUUAUCUAAAAAUUACAUCAUCAACUAUAAGAACUU